ACGUCAUCUGCUUCUUUCUCAGUAAAUUAAAGAACGUAGAAAAAAUUUAUGAGGCGAAACAUCGACAAUCAGAGAUCACAAUUUGGUUUGAUUUUGAAUAUUAAAACUUAGACACAAACUAUGGACCAGAAUCCUUUCGAAGAUGACGAAAAUCCAUUUGCGGAUCCAUCUGUCACAAAGGCAACUAAACCACCUCCAGCCGCGGCCAAAUCUGGUGCUGCAGGCUUUGAAGAUUAUAAUCCUUUUGCCGAUAAUAAUGUGAGCAAGUCCGCAGAAUUUUCAACUGUUCCCAUCCCCCCUCCUGAGCCGUCUGAUCCAGCAGUAAUUGAUACUCGAUCAGAACAACCAGUUUCGUCAUAUAGCGUGGUUGCUGCAGAGCAAGAAAAUUUGGCCAAAAGACAAGAGGAACUUGAAAGAAGAGCUGCUGAGCUUCAUGAAAAAGAACAAGAAUUAAAACAAAUGAAAUAUCGAGAAAGGAAAAAUAACUUUCCCCCAUUUCCAAAGUUCUGUCCUUUUACUCCAUGUUUCUUCCAUGACAUCAGCGUGGAUAUUCCACCAGAUUUUCAAAGAACCAGCAAAAUGCUUUUUUACUCCUGGGAAUUUUACUGUUUCACAUUGUUUUACAACUUGAUAUGUGCUCUGGCAUACAUAUGUGUGGACACUGGACCAGGAACAGUCACAUUCAUAAUUGCAAUCAUAUUCUUUCUUUUGUUUAUUCCGUGUUCGUUUUGCCUUUGGUACAGACCAAGUUAUAAUGCUUUCAAAAGCGACAGCUCGUUCAGUUAUAUGGUUUUCUUCUUCAUUCUGUUCUUUCAAAUCUUGUUCAAUGGAGUUGCUUGUCUUGGUGUGAGCCAGGUCGGAACAUGUGGAUUUAUCAAUGGAGCUGACGUUUUCAGUGAUGGAGGGGGAAGCAGGGUCGUUGGCCUCAUGAUGUUUGCUUGUGCUGGGCUCUUCGUUAUCAACGCACUGUUGGAAAUCAUUUUGCUACGAAAAGUGCACGUUAUCUAUCGUUCAACUGGUGCUAGCAUUCAGAAAGCCCAGGCGGAAUUCGCCCAAGGAGCAAUGUCAAACAAGCAUGUCCAAAACGCAGCCGUAGCUGGUGCUACAGCAGCCGUUCAGAACUCUUACUAGAAGUUUAAAAAACAACGUGGUGUUCACCGUGAAGCUGUAGCCUUUAAUAUGCGUCCAUAUUUAGAAUUUUAAGCUUAUAUGUUGUUAGUCAGACACAGUUUCAACGUCUUAACUUUGAAAGUAAAUUCAGAUAUAUUUAAUCCCGUUUACUGCAUGUAAACACAUUUCAUGAAUACCUCGUUAAUGCUUUCAUACUGAACACCACACAACUAGCACAACCACUUUGAUUAACUGCUCCUUGUUAAACCGAAGUUAGCUUUAAAAUGAGCGAUUCUAAUCACUAAUUUAGUAAUAUGUUGGGACUGUUUUUUCCAAUAACGUUUAUCGAAUCUUGGCCAGUUUGAUUUCUGUUUUACCUGAACGAACGAAAGCUAGAUACUAAAACUAAAAGAAUAAGUUAUAUUUUUGGUAACCGAAUAUUGUAUGGUAUUUUCAGAAAGCCGAACUGGUCAUUUUACAGGUCAAGUUUGCAUAGCCUUGCAGUAAAAUGUAAAGACUAAAGUUAAAUAAUCAGUGCUCGAACUCUUGUCCAAAUAUAUAUAUUGGCAACGCAAUUCACCAUGGUUAACUAAUUAUUAUGAUGUGACUUCAUUAAAAUAUUAAUUACGUAG